AUGUCCCCUGAGGCGGAGCCGAGGGCGGGCCCCCGGGCAAAUCCCUCACCUCUCUCCCAGAAACAAUGGAGGACAAAAUGGAGCCCAGCCACUCCCCCCCAAUUCGAUUGGCCAGUCAGUUUCACACCUCUCACACAAACCCCGCACGGACCCACUACGACCUACCAAUUCCAACGUCCACCCGGUCCACCGUACAAUGGCCGGACCACGUGGCGACAAAAAAAACCUCUUUCUUAA